UUUUUAGAAACAAGAAGAAAUAAAGAUUCGAUCUGGUCUGCACGUUUUACUUUUAAAGUAGUGGUUAUAAAGUAGUUGUUUUACAUGUAUCACUAUGUAUGUUUAACUUUUUACAGCAACAAGAAGAAAACACACACUACUGUGUGUUUUUCUCCUUUCAAAAAUGGAACUUGAACUAGUUUCAAUGGCUUCAGCAAUCGGAGUAUCCGUCCCGGUGCUCCGGUUCCUCCUCUGUUUCAUUGCUACAAUUCCGGUCAGUUAUUUCCAUCAACUAAUCCCGGGUGGCGCUCAGGUGAAACACCUCUAUGCGGCCACUUCUGGCAUAGUAUUAUCUUAUUUAUCAUUCGGAUUUUCUUCGAAUCUUCAUUUCUUGGUGCCCAUGUUCAUUGGUUAUGCUUCUAUGCCUCUCUUUCGCCGCCGAUGUGGACUCAUCACUUUUUUCUUUGCUCUGGGCUACCUCAUCGCAUGCCAUGUAUACUACAUGAGUGGAGACGCUUGGAAAGAAGGCGGUAUUGAUGCCACUGGAGCCUUGAUGGUUUUGACAUUAAAAGUCAUUUCUUGUGCUAUUAAUUACAAUGAUGGAAUGCUAAAGGAAGAAAACUUGCGUGAGGCACAAAAGAAAAACAGAUUGCUCAAGUUGCCCUCUAUUGUUGAAUAUGUUGGGUAUUGCCUCUGUUGUGGCAGUCACUUUGCCGGUCCAGUUUUUGAAAUGAAGGAUUAUCUUGAAUGGACUGAAAGAAAAGGGAUCUGGACACCUUCAGCUAAGGGGAAGUCACCAUCACCAUAUUGGCCAACACUUAAAGCUCUUUUCCAAGCUGUUUUGUGCAUGGGAUUGUACAUGUACUUCGUCACCAAAUUUCCCCUGUCUCGUUUUACAGACCCUGUAUAUCAAGAAUGGGGUUUUAUGAAACGAGUGGGUUUCCAGUACAUGUCUGCCUUAACUGCACGUUGCAAAUAUUAUUUCAUAUGGUCAAUAUCCGAAGCUUCCAUCAUCAUUUCUGGUCUUGGUUUUAGCGGAUGGACAGAAUCUUCACCACCAAAACCACGAUGGGACCGGGCAAAAAAUGUUGAUAUCUUGGGUUUUGAGUUGGCAACAAGUGCAGUUGAGGUGCCACUUACAUGGAACAUACAAGUCAGCACCUGGCUGCGUCACUAUGUCUAUGAGAGGCUUCUUCAAAAGGGAAAGAAACCAGGUUUAUUCCACUUGUUGGCUACACAAACUGUCACUGCUGUUUGGCAUGGUUUGUAUCCUGGGUACUUCAUAUUCUUCAUUCAUUCAGCUCUACUCAUUGCCGGUUCAAGAGUCAUAUACAGAUGGCAGCAAAUGGUUCCUCCGAAAAUGGCUAUAUUUAGAAAGCUUCUUAUGGCCAUGAACUUCACCUACACACUUCUGGUCUUGAACUGCGCCAGUGUUGGUUUCUUAGUGUUGACUCUAAGUGAAACACUAAGUGCAUACAAGAGUGUGUACUUCAUCGCAACUGCUACUCCAAUCCUAUUAGUUCUUCUUGGAAAGAUCAUUAAACCUGCAAAGCCAGCAAGAACUAAACCUCGAAAAGAUGAAUGAAGUAGAGUUAGAUCUUCAGAACAGAAAGUGCUUCAGCUUGAGGUCUGGAAUGUUAUGUAGCUCUUCUUUCUGACACGCAUUGUUGUCCUGCUAAUCUGUAACAACAACGAAAACUAUCCAACUUGUACCAUGUUUUAGCUCACUUAAUGCAUAAUGCAUGGUGGCCCUCUUGGUUAUGAUUAGCACCAGCAAUUCCAGAGUUCCAGUAUUGUGACCA